AUGGAAAUUCGUAUGGCACGUGAAGAGGAUCACGAUGAUUUGGCUGCCAUUCUUCAAUCGUCAAUCAAGAUGUACACACUGAAAGAGUUUGGUGAAUUCUUUAUUGCUGAUUUAAUUGCAACUCAGAAUCAAACCAGAAGAUAGGCUAGGAACUAUAGAAGUGAUGGAAAGGCCAUUGUAGGAUAAGUUGGAGAUAAGGCAGUUGGAUUGAUGAGUAUUUCAAUUACCGUCUACUAGGGAUAGUGUUUCGAUUUAGAAGUGUUUGACAAUCUCUAUAAAUCAGAAUACAUGGAGGCUAUAAGAAAUAGGUUGGAUUAAUUGGCAUUGGAGGAUUAAAUCAAUAAAUAGAUCACUAAUUAUAAGAAGCAUAUCGAAUUAACCAAAGAGGCUAUGAAAUGUCAUAUGAUUGGGCAAAGACUCUACUUACAAUAAUAUUGUUUUGAUAGAGAUUAAGAAAUUAAACAAAAGAUAGAUGAUUAUGGGUAGGAAGACUUAGCUAAAACACUUACUUAAUAGGUUGUGACUAAUAUGAUCAACGGAUGGUUGAAAGAUUAUCAAGUAUUCAAACCAAGUGAUCUAUUUCUUGAAUAUCCUGACUCAUUCAAAGAUUUAGAAUGCAUCACCAUUAAACCAAUCCAAGUUUUAUUGGAAGCACUUGAAUUCUUUGGAUUACCCAAAGGAUACAUGAAUGGAGAAGGACAUUGGAAAGAUUGGGCCAAGAAGAAGGAAGAAGAGUAAAAGGCUCUUUCUCUCAAAAGACCAAAAAGAUAAUAGAAGAAAACUAAUAAAAAAGCAAAGAAGGAGGAUAAGGAUGAAGACAUCUUUAAACCACCUCCUUAUUUUGAUUUAGGACCAUUCUCAUAAGCUUUUACUACAUUCACAUCAGUCUCUGCUGAAACUAGAGCACAAGCCAGAUCUGUGUCUGCGCGUCAAGAGUCAAAGAGUUGA